GCGCAGACUGGUCUCAGUGAGCUUGGGCUUCUCUGCCUGGGCACCAUGGAAGGCUAUGUGAUCUCUCUCCUCCUGUUGGGGACCCUGGCCCUGCCGGAGACCUGGGCAGGCUCGCACUCCAUGAGGUAUUUCGAAGUCGGUGUGACCCGGCCCGAGCUCGGGGAGCCGUGGUACCUCGAAGUGGGCUUCGUGGACGAUCAGCAGUUCGUGCGCUUCGACGGCGACGGCGCGAGUCCGAGGAUGGAGCCGCGGGCGGCGUGGAUCGAGCGGGUGGGCCAGGAGGACCCGCACUAUUGGAGGCGGAACACUGCUGUGUCACGGGAUCAGCCACAGCCCGGCCGCGCUGACCCGGGCCGGGGGCGGGCAGGGGUCCACACUGUCCAGAGCAUGUACGGCUGCGAGCUGACCCCGGAGCUCACCUUCAAGCGCGGGUUUGAACAAGACGCCUACGACGGGGUGGACUACAUCGCCCUGGACACGGACACCUACACGUGGACAGCGACAGCGCCCCAGGCCGUGAACACCAAGCGCAAGUGGGAGGCGGACAGGAGCUAUGCGGAGGGAGUGAAAGCCUAUCUGCAGGAGACUUGCGUCACGUGGCUGAAGAAGUACCUGGAGAUGGGGAAGGGGACGCUGGGGAGGACAGACCCACCCUCUGCCCGAGUGACCCACCACACUGACCCCCAUGGGGAGGUGACCCUGCGGUGCCGGGCCCAGGACUUUUACCCCACGGACAUCUCCCUGACGUGGCUGAGGGAUGGGGAGGAACAGCUCCAGGACACAGAGUUCAUUGAGACCAGGCCUGCAGGAGAUGGGACCUUCCAGAAGUGGGCAGCUGUGCAGAUGGCCCCUGGUCAGGAAGGCAAAUACACCUGUCGAGUCCAGCAUGAGGGGCUGUCUGAGCCCCUCACCCUGAAAUGGGAGCCACAGUCCUCAUCUGCCUGGUACAUUGUGGGGGGUAUUGUUGCUGGCCUCCUCCUCCUCAUUGCAGUCAUUGCUGGAUUUGGGAUCUGGAGGAAGAAGAAUUCAGGUGGAAAAGGAGGUACCUAUGUUCAGGCUGCAGGUAAGUGAAUGGUUGACAUGGAGGGUAGAAAGAAGGGGCCAGCCUAUGGUAUUUCUGGGUCCUGAGCAAUGAGAAGGCAGAGGAGAGGCUUAGACCAGUAGCCUUCUCGUGGUGUGCCCUUCCCUCCUCAUACCCUGGUUCUGGAAUGUAUGUCCCUGAAUUGGUUGUUUCCCUCCUUUGUCUCCAGGCAAUGACAGUGCACAGGGGUCAGAUGUCUCUCUCACAGCCAAAGCUUGAGAAAAUUGCCCUGAGAAAGAACAUCUUUUAGUCCUUGCUUUGUUCCUGUCGACCCCGACUUCUCUCCCAGUGCUGGCCCCUGGGCUCAUUUCUGGACUCUACUGGCCCAAGCCCAGGGUGGCAUCAUCGGAGACCUCCCUCUGUUCUCUAAGGCCUCCCUCCCCCCUUCUUUCUUUCUGCCUGUCUCACUCUUCGGGGAGACAACCAGCAGUAAGGGCCAGUGGGCUUUGGGAACAAGCCCUCCUUCACAUCUGAUGUUGCCCUGACCUCUGGGAUCUUUGUCUCUGCACAAACAGCCUAAUGAAUGAAUGUUCUUGAGUCUUCAGAUUUUCUGCACAAUCUCAGCUUUGCUUCCCAUUUGGGUGGAGGACUGUGGGGGACAGGAUGACAAUGUGGAAAUGUUCUGGCCACGUGAAGGGGAAAAUAAAUGAAAGUUUGGAGACAUC